AAGAUUCCCCACUCACCUCUACAGCUACACACAACACAAGCUCUUAGAUUCAGACAACAAACGACGCGCUCUUUAAGGAUCUCCCUCCCAUUUACUAGCGCUCUCAACUAUUCUAUUCUUAACCAACUCUCUCUCUCUGACUUUUCACUUUCUCUUACAUUAAUUUUACUACUAUACAUUUUUUAUUUUUUGUUCCUCAGAAACAACAACAUGGUAUCUGGUCUAACAACAACAACACUUUCUCUUUCUUCAUCAUCUUUUUUGUUUGGUUUUAGUUCCCUGAAAUUUUCGCAGCGAACUAGGUUGAAGUUUAUAGACAACGUGAACGAAAGAAAAUUCACGUUCGCGCCUUUGAAAUGCAUUCGCGUAUCGGGUUUCGAUUCGUGCUCCGCCUCGACGGCGACGGAGGCUCCGUUAGCUCCGUCGUCGGAGCUGGUGUCCGACAAGCUCCACCGCCUGGCGACGGAGUUCAGGGCCCUGCACGAGCCAAUCGACCGGGUGAAGCGGCUGCUGCACUACGCGGCGAUUCUUCCUCCGGCGGACGAGUCGAGGACUCGGGCGCCGGAGAACCGGGUCACGGGGUGCACGACCCAGGUGUGGGUGGAGGCCGAGUUGGACGAGUCGGGUCGGGUUCGGUUCCGGGCCGACAGCGACUCGGAGAUUUCCAAAGGGUUCUGCUCGUGCUUGAUUUACGUGCUGGACGGGGCGGAUCCGGAGGAGGUGGCCAUGGUCAAGGCCGACGACUUGUCGGAUUUGAACGUGGGCUUGCACGGCAAGUCGCAUUCUAGAGUCAACACGUGGCACAAUGUCCUCGUUGCUAUGCAAAAGAGGGCCAAGGCUUUGCUUCCACAACAACCUCAGAGUUGCAGGGGGUAUUAAGUAUUAACAACUGCGGAGAAGAUUUGGCCUCGUAUCUAGACAUCUGAGUCAUUGAUUACGGCAGAUACCACUAGAUUGCAAAAGCUGGAUGCCAAUUUAUCACGGUCUUAAGUGUGGAUUUUAUUUGGGAAAACGCGUGUGCGAUCCUUGACUAGGCUGGAUUUUGGAAGGUGCUGCAGCUGGUCUUGCAUACAUGUACCUUCUCAAGGCAGCUGCAGUUUCAUCUCCUUUGCAUGUUACAUAUGUAAACACUUGGGUAGAAUAAAAGCGCGUGCUCAUGAACUUACACCAACAAUUACCUGUACUUCUUCUAAUGUUGUGCAAACAAUUCUUAAGGGAUUCCUAUACCAUAAAUUCAAACAUACGACAUGGACCUGAUCCCUACAUGACUGCAAUAUUACCAAGUUGUUUCAGUGGAUGGCUAUAAUGGGAAAUGAAGAGGUUGCUGAGAUAUAUCCAGGACACCACGAGACUUCGAUAGUAUCACCAUUGCCUUGCCUGCACUAUUGCCAUGUAACUCUUUAGUUGCUUUAGGGUUUUUUCUUUUCUUUUCUUUUUUGGGGUAUAACCACUUUUGAAGAUAGUUCAUAUGGAUUGAACGUGGCUUUGGGAGUCAAUUUUGUUUACUUUCUUGUUGUAUCUUGCAUUCAAUAAUAGGAAUGUUCUGUCAAAAGUUUUAACUCCUAAAAUUUUCCAGUUCCUGGGUUGAUUAUUUUCAUCCUUGUCUGGCAAUGGUCUGGGAACUAUCUUUUACUGGAACUUAUGAUCCAUCUCCCUUCAACUU